CAUUAACCACUCAAGGCGUGUUUGUCUGCAUUAUAUAUUUAAUGGAGGCACCUAGAAUCCUGAUCCCAGUUUGAAGUCAGCCACCAAGUUAAUUUCUAUUCUGAAAAUCAUCCAAAAAAAAACUUCACAAUGAAGAAUUCUUUCGUAAUGUUAAUAGUUUGCUGUUUUGCUGUGAGUAUUUCGGCAAAGGUAUGGAAAUCAAACACUGGAUUAAAACCAUUAGUAAUACUCGAAAUGAAUGUCGAUGAUUUGAAAAAGGAAUGUGAUGCAAGGCAAAAAAGUAUUCGUGACACGAGAAUUUUUGCACCAUAUUUUAAACUCUACAAGGAAUUACAAGAAGAGAUUAUGAAAAAAAUUAAAGCUGAUCCAAAAGCAAGCGUUGAUCUUAUCAUCGAGAAUAAUUGUGUGGCACAUCCUGAAUUAAAAAAGCAGAUUUUAAAUGUCACCGAUACUUUAGAGCUUUGUUUAGCAGAUACGGAUCGUCUUGAGAAAAACAUGAAGGAUGAACUUAUUAAAGAUGUUUUAGACAUCAAAUGUAGUACUAUGAAAGAAGCUAUAAUUUUUCGCUCGGAGGAAAAUUGCAUGAAGGAGCCACCAAUGUGUCUUGAAAUGUUGGCUAACAUUCAAAAUAUUCUAAUUCCCGUUCCUGUUAAAUACACACCACAACUUUGUGGAGAGCUUCAGAAACUCCUUCAAUGUAAAGCUGCAAUGAAGGAAUGCAAAGAAAGAACAAGAAAUGCAUUAGAAUCAUUUGUAACGAACGAAAUGGUAUUCGUGGGAUGUUCUACUGCCACUGCAGGAUGAGAUGAGAAAAUUCCAAAAUGAAAACGAAUAUUUAUGUUUAUUUAUGAACAAAAAUUAUUGUUAAAGAAUAAAGUUAAAAAUACAAAUUAAA